AUGUGCUCAACCGACAUCUUCCUCGGCAUCCUUGCCAUUCUCUUUCCCCCGCUGCCUGUCUGGGUGAAGUGUGGCAUCUGUAGCGCCGACUCUCUCAUCAACAUCACCCUCUGCAUCCUCGGCUUUAUCCCUGGUCUGCUACACGCCUGGUACAUCAUCGCCAAGUACCCCGAGCCCGCCUACGAAUAUGAGGCCAUCCCCAACGACCACGAAGGUGGCCGAGUCACAUAUGUCUAUGUUCAGACUCCCCAUGGCCCUCACUGCCAGCCACCAAAGCCUCAAGGCUCUUCAAACGACUUGAACUACGGCACCACGUCUAACCAGAGCCCUUCACCCCGGCCACAGCCUCAACAACAGGGUGUAGCAACCUCUGGAGAGGGCAGCUCGAAUCCUGAGAACCAGGGCGUUCCUCCUUCAUACGCCGAGGUUGUUGCUGGCGACCACAAGAUCCAGACGCGAGACUAA